AUGGCUGGAGUUAUCCGAGAGGACAAGCGCUGGGACGCCCAGCAGAGACCAAAUGUGACGUCGAAGGCGAGAGGAAGGGUGGUCAUUGGAUGGGUCGGACGUACAACGGCAGGUGAAUGUCAAGUGGCGUUGGCGUUCACCUACUUCUUGUGUCUUCUGGUGUGCUUGUAUUCAGAUAGGCAAGGGGAUAAGCGCGGAUUAUCGGGAGAGCAACCGAAGGAAGAACAAGCUAGAAAGGGGUCGAGGAAGGAAGGGCAGUGGUUGAGUGACCGUCCUUACUCCGACCAUUGCAUUGAUUGCGCCCCUAUCCACGUAGGAAUGUUGCAUACCUUGGUUGAAGAGACUGAGAUCGACGAAAGAGGUUGUGGAUUGGUUACAAUCAGUUUUGAUUGGCGAGCGCUUCGCGUGUGCGACGUGCUUGUGGAUGCCAGGUCGGCGUCAUACUCUCAGCGUUGGGAGGGUGCGAAGUGGAGGAGGGUGGAGAGCGUGUUUAUCGUAUUGCCUGCGAGUGAUAGACAAGCGAAGAUCCGUCUGUUGCGCGCGAUCGAGCAUUCAGAAGCCUCCAUUAACUUCGUUUUCGAGCUUGAGGAGAUCGAACUUCGAGGUCAAGUGCCUUGGUUGGAUCUCGAGUGUGCAGACAUGGAUUCCGGUCUUCGCGUUCGCUUGGGCGCUGGUUUGAGUUCGAUGUACGAAGCGAAGCGAAUUCAGUUUGUCGAGAACAAGAGGAGAUGUCAACACAAUCAAGGGUGGCGCCUACAGGUUACCAUUAGAGGCAAGUAG